AGCAACUACUGUACCGCACUUUACACCGGUCAGCGUUGGUGUGUGGCUGAUACGCGCAACCCGCGUAAAUCAUUUUUGACCACUUUCAACAGUUUGCCACGCGUUUUUUACAACGUUAUUUAAGUAUUGCAGAAACGGAUCAUCAAGGACCAACAUGAGUGCUGUCACAUCAAGACUGACAACUGCGCAAGAGAAGAGGAUCCGUGCCAUGUUUGGCCAUGCCAGACUCAGCCUGCUAUACAAAGCUAGCAUCCAUGGCUAUAAUAAUGCCAACUUCCACAACAAGUGCAAUCAACAAGGUUCUACCUUGACUAUUGCAUACAACAACUCAGGCUUCAUUUUUGGAGCAUACAUUAGCAAAGAUUACGCACAAACGGGUCAAAAUGUUGUUGAUGAAAAGGCCUUUUUGUUCAGCUUUGAUGAGAAAGAGCAGAACCCUGAGCCGUACCGCGUUGCCAGCCAAAAUGGCAAGGCUGCUUUCACAGAUGGAGACACUGGUCCAAAUUUUGGUUCUUUGAUUUUUCUGCUGAACAAUGCAGAAGCCAUCCAUAGUGCCCCUGGCGACUUCUUUACCUUUGACCCCAACCAGAUGCAUGGGGGGAAUUUACAGCUCCUGGAAUGUGAGGUCUACAGAGUUGAAGAGUGCAGUGCGCUGCUGCCAAAGCCAUGGAGGAACGUCCAGUGGAAUCCAGAAGAAAGGAAAGGCCUCAUGGAGACGAUCACAAAGUGGAAGCCUGUCAUCAGUUCAGUGAGCCAGGCUCGAGUGCUGCUGGUUGGCCAAGUGGGGGCUGGGAAGUCGAGCUUCUUCAACUCUGUGUGUUCAGUCUUCAAGGGUUACGUGUCAACUCAGGCCAACACUGGCACUGCAGGAACCAGCCUGACCACACAGUACCGCACCUAUUCCAUCAGUGGAGGCUGCAAUGGAAAUCCUGUGCCAAUUGUCCUGUGUGAUACGAUGGGCAUGGAGGACGGAUUAAAUGCAGGAUUAAAUACGGAUGACUUCAUAGGAGUUGUCAAGGGAAAUGUCCCUGACCGCUAUCAGUUUAACCCUGCAAUGCCCAUGCAAGAAGAGACUCCUGGCUACCGCAAAUCGGUGACACUGACGGAUAAGAUCCACUGUGUGACCUUUGUGAUUGACACAUCCAAAUUCAAACUUCUUCCAGACAGCAUGAUUGAAAAAUUUGCGGCUUUGCGCAAGAAGGCCAACCAGCUGGGUGUUCCUGUACUUGUGCUCAUGACAAAGGUGGAUGAGGCUUGCCCUUUGGUCAAAGAGGACCUGAAGAAUGUUUACCAGAGCCAUAAUGUAGAGAGAACGAUGCGUGAGGUGGCUGCCCAGCUUGGAGUGUCCAUGACCGCAGUCAUUCCAGUGAAAAACUACAGUGAUGAACUAGAUCUGGACCCUCACACUGAUAUUCUGCUGCUUAACUCUGUACUCAAGAUGCUUCGGAUGGCAGAAGGUUUCUUUGACAAUAUCCCCAGAGAAGAGGAUAAGAUCAACUAGAAGCUUAAUUUUUGUGUGUACUGUUUUAUGUACCGCAUGCAACUAAGAAUACCUUUCACCCAUUUCUCUCUUUUGAAUUAAAUGCCUUGUUAUACUCUCUAUUGACAAGUACAGGUACUAGAAGAGAAAACGUGUUGAUGAACAUACUGAUUUUUUUUUAUUAUAUAAAUAAACGCUAUUUGAUGUCA